AUGAAUGCUCCAAAGGGCUUCUGGCAGCAUAACCAGAGAUGGGGUGGUGCAAAGCAAACUAGAAAAUCUGCAAGACCUGCUCAGAAACUUACUCAGGAUGGUACAGAUGGCAAAAGGAGGGCAAAUCCAAGUCUGGAAUUGUCGGAUGAAUUGCCCAUUGCCAAUGAUCACAUAAGCAAGAUAGCAAGGGUAUCCGAUGAUUGUGACUUAGCAAUCAGCAUCGUGGAUCUCAACUCUACCAAUGCCACAUUGGUUCCUGAGGAAGCAGUCACCAAAAUCCCUAAAACUAUUCCAACUACAUCUGCUUGGCAGGCUGCAGCAAGCCUUUGUAGCAAGCCGAUCGAGACAAUCAUGGCUAUGUCAUCCAUUAAUUCCCAUCCUGUCAACUCAAGCACCAUUUUGUCAAAGGUCUCCAAGGCAGCAAAAUCUGAGCUAUUCAGAAGCAAAAUAAAAAAAGCCAAGCUCCUGGCUGUGUUGUCUACCAUUACACCGAAAAAUUUGUACGCUAAGGAUUGGCUUAACAAGAAUGCCGGUGGACUAAAAUCUGAUUUCAAGGCCUUUUUCAAAGAUUUACCCUUACAGGAAUGGAAGAAACUGGAUACUAGUGUUUGUACUAAGUUGGGCUUGGUAGGCAAAUUGUUGUUUCCGACUGGGCUGAUGGUUGCUGGUGCACCGAUAAUCCGGUCCGAGUCCAACCUCUCCAAAGGGUAA